AUGGUCGCCUCUGCUGUCAGAAUGCGCGUCCCCAGCGCUUCAUUCCUCUCAAAAGGCGCCUGCUCCUUGAGGCGACCGCAGGCCUCUUACAAGUUCACGGCCGCCAUCCAACAUCAAUUGCCCGCCCUCUCUGCCCUUUCCCGCUACUACGCCUCCAAGUCUUUCCCUCCCCACACUAUCAUCAGCAUGCCUGCUCUGUCGCCAACAAUGACGGCAGGAAACAUUGGAGCGUGGCAGAAGAAGGCUGGUGAUGGCCUGCAACCUGGUGACGUUCUGGUCGAGAUCGAGACCGAUAAGGCACAGAUGGACUUUGAGUUCCAGGAGGAGGGUGUUCUGGCUAAGGUCCUGAAGGAGUCUGGCGAGAAGGAUGUCUCCGUUGGCUCUCCUAUCGCCGUCCUCGUUGAGGAGGGUACUGACGUCGCGGCUUUCGAAUCAUUCAGCCUGGAAGAUGCUGGCGAGGGUGCAGGUGCUGCUCCCGCCAAGGAGGAGGCGCCUAAGGAAGCUCCCAAGCCUUCAGAGCCAUCCGCACCCCAGCCCUCAGCUGAGGCUUAUGAGCCCGAUACUUCCGGCGAGAAGCUCCAGCCCAGUCUGGACCGCGAGCCUGCCAUCAGCCCCGCUGCUAAGGCUCUGGCCCUUGAGAAGGGUGUUCCCGUCAAGGCCCUGAAGGGUACUGGCCGUGGUGGCCAGAUCACCAAGGAGGAUGUCGAGAAGUACAAGCCCAGCGCUUCCGCUGCGGCCGCUGGUCCUGCCUCUGAGGACAUUCCUCUCACGUCGAUGCGCAAGACGAUUGCCAGCCGUCUCCAGCAGUCUUGGAACCAGAACCCUCACUUCUUUGUUUCCACCACUCUGUCCGUCACCAAGCUUCUGAAGCUCCGCCAGGCCCUUAACGCCUCUUCUGAGGGCAAGUACAAACUCUCCGUCAACGACUUCCUCGUCAAGGCUUGCGCUGCCGCUCUUCGCAAGGUUCCUCAGGUCAACUCCAGCUGGACUGAGGAGAACGGCCAGGUUGUCAUCCGCCAGCACAACAACGUUGACAUCAGCGUUGCUGUUGCCACUCCCGUUGGUCUGAUCACUCCUAUCGUCAAGAACGCCCAGGGUCUUGGUCUGGCCAGCAUCUCUAACCAGGUCAAGGACCUUGGCAAGCGCGCUCGCGACAACAAGCUCAAGCCUGAGGAGUUCCAGGGUGGUACUUUCACCAUCAGCAACAUGGGCAUGAACCCCGCUGUUGAGCGAUUCACUGCUAUCAUCAACCCCCCUCAGGCCGGUAUCCUCGCCGUUGGCACUACCCGCAAGGUUGCCGUUCCCGCUGAGACCGAGGAGGGCUCCUCAGUUGAGUUCGAUGACCAGAUCAUCGUCACCGCCAGCUUCGACCACCGUGUUGUCGAUGGUGCUGUCGGUGCUGAGUGGAUCAAGGAGCUCAAGAAGGUUGUCGAGAACCCUCUGGAACUCCUUCUCUGA